CUCCGCUGGUCUGCGUCGGCACCACUCGUGUUGGCCCGAUGCUGGUACUACGAUGCUGCCACGACAUGUAUGAGCUCAAGAGUGGCGAGAACCUUGUCGGAACUGACGAAUCCAAGUGUCAUGUGGUGCUCCACGCAGCCAACCAAGCGGAGCCCAUCCAUGCAAUCAUCGACGUGACCAAGAGCAUGCAGGACGCCGUCGUGCGGCCUCUUGGCCGCGUGCUUGUGAACAGCACCCGCGUGACGACACCCACAUCGUUGGCGAUGGGGGAUGUGGUGUCGUUUGGAGCUGGCGAGGCGUCGUCGUUCAAAUUCGACGCAUUGGUGACACACACAGUGGCCGCGUCCAUCGAAGCGCGGAAUCGAACGAAAGCGAUGCUGACCGAGCUCAAACACGUGGAGGUACCUGAGCGCAGUAGACAUGGCGACGUCCAGGUGCUGGGCGAUAUUCCGUACAUGAACGACGUGUUUGUGUCGGCGCAGUUGCUCGACUCGGCGAAGCAGAAGAACCAGAGCUUUGAUAUUGACAGCGACGACAGCGACGACGAUGGCCCUGAAUCAAAGACGGCCGGGGCUGCAUGUGACGUCAAGCAGAACAAGCAAGGUUUGAAUCGCAGAGCGACGAAGCGCACCGUGACUGUGGCGCUGAUGCGACCGAACAUUGCAACACUUUCGAGGGACAUAGGCCUUCCUGAGGCUUCCCUGCAAGCCCGCCACGAAAUGGAGAGAAUCGAGUGGCAAAAGGAAUUGAGUGCUGUCAAGCACGAAAUCGACCGAUUGCACGGGCUCCAACAAAAGCCUCGCACGUGUGAAGCGAGUACUCAAUGCCAUAUCACUGAAGAAGCACGUCCAAGGUCCAGCGACCCAACGUACACCAACAAUCGCAAGAUUCAAAUCACCAAGCGAUCGGCGUCAACGUGGCUAUCCGACGCCAUACUAGGCAGGGAAUGGUCCUUUGGUGCAAGGCAUGCAGCCGUGGUGGUGUGUGUGGCGUUCGUCACAUGCAAAGGGGCAUGGAGAGCGAUGAAGAGAGCAUAGAUGCACGUGUUCCGUUAGGAAUGCUUUGCGAAGCGGCGGGGCUACGCGGCCCGAGCGGGACGAGUCCUGCGGGUCGCCAUUUUCCCUUCAACAUGCUGACAGCGAUGCCAUUGGUCCAGCUUCGGCCAAUCAGUGCCCGAGAAGCGAUUCCAUAACCGGAUUGACCCAUUUCCAAUAAAUUACAUACCAUACACAAGUAAUCCAUCA